AUGAAGCCCUGUGAAGGAGCUGGCAGGCAGCAGCAGACGGCGGCCGGAGAUGAGCGCAGGCUCCAUGAUGAUCCCCAGUGCAGAGCGGAGCAGGCACAGGCUGAGGACCCCUGGAGGGAGUGUAUGGACACCGCUGUACAGUUGGCGCUCCAAGCUGGCCAGGUGGUCAAAAAGGCUCUUACAGAAGAAAAGAGGGUCUCUACAAAAACUUCUGUGGUUGAUCUUGUGACAGAGACGGACCAUCUUGUGGAGGAACUGCUUAUCUCUGCUCUGAGGGAGAAGUAUCCCACUCACAGGUUUAUUGGUGAAGAAUCUACCUCAGCAGGUUCCAAAUGCAUCCUAACAAACAGUCCAACGUGGAUUAUUGACCCAAUUGAUGGAACCUGCAAUUUUGUACACAGGUUUCCUCCAGUGGCGGUCAGCAUUGGAUUUUCUGUCAAUCGAGAGCUUGAGUUUGGAGUAAUAUACCAUUGCACUGAGGGAAAAAUGUACACUGGAAGAAAAGGGCAAGGGGCGUUUUGUAAUCAAGAGCGACUUCAUGUGACAAAAGAAACAGGUAUCCGGAAUGCUUUUAUUUUAACUGAAAUUGGGCCUAAACGGGAUCCAGCUACAUUAAAACUGUUCUUGGGAAACAUGGAGAAAUUUCUGAAGUUUCAAGCUCAUGGGAUCCGAAUCAUUGGAAGUGCCACCCUGGCCCUGUGUCAUGUAGCAUCAGGGGCUGCUGAUGGCUACUAUCAGUUUGGACUGCAUUGCUGGGACUUGGCAGCAGCUACUGUAAUAAUAAGGGAAGCUGGAGGAGUUGUGAUAGAUACCUCUGGUGGACCUUUGGACCUCAUGUCUUGCAGAGUAGUGGCGGCUGGUACCAUGGAACUGGCACAGAGCAUAGCUCAGGAGUUACAGACUAUUAACUAUGGGAGAGAUGAUGACUGA